UGGAACAGGAAACUGGAACACAAGUUUCUAUUCCCACGACAGUCUUGUUCAAGUAUUUCCCAGCUCUCCUUUACUUCCGUCUGUUACUUCCAUCAAGCCUUUAGCGAUUCUUUUCUACAAGCCUUGUUCAUUUCCGGGUUUACUCUACUUACUUAAUACGACAACCUCUUUCCAAAUGCAGAACGUCCCGGUCGACAAUUCGAGUCCCAGCGGGAAUGCUGGUUAUGUCAGCCAUACUGCUACUACCGUACCAGCCACACAUCAGAUUCAACCUGCAACAAGCCUUGGUCAACAACCAGGUAACAAUGCGUACUUCAGCUCAGUACAAGUAGUAGACCCAGCAGCGGCAUUCCCAUUCAACAUCGACCCAGUCAACCAAAAUCUUACUGGCUAUCCGACCGCUAUGGCCCCGCCCCCUGCCAUUAACAACUUCGACCCCAGUCAGCUUGCUCUUCCAUUAGAUGCGUACCAGCCACGAGUGGAGUUUCCAGAACACUUCUUUGUGAACCAUCAACCCAUGGCUCCCCUGCCGGAAGCUGCUGCGGGCCUAUCCGCUCUGGCCCAUGGCACAGACAGAAAUCUCAGGCAACAGCCUCCGAGUAUGACACCCCGAGAUGCACCACUUCUCUGCAAAUGGGAAGGCUCCGGAAAGAAGAGUUGUUUCGACAUGUCAAAAACAUCCAUAUCACUCCUCGGUCUUUCCCUUGCGAACUUUGCCAUCGGCGAUUCAACCAAGCGUACAAUAGGACAGCCCAUAUGCGCAGUCGGCAUUGGGUGGAAUGGCCUUCGGGAAUGUAUCGUGCGUGAAGCUGAAGGAUUGGCUCGUACCUGA